GCUUUGCUGCCCGCAAAUUAAAACUUAAAGAAGAAGAAGAGAAAUACGGGGAAAUGGUGACAAAACAUCAACUUUCUCCCCGUCGUUACUCGACACCGUCUUACUCUUUUAGAAAUACUUGUUAACACUCCUUUCAAAAUGACUUUACCUCAUUGGAAAGACUAACGGAGGCAGUUAAAACACAGCCGAUACACGACGACUCUCACUAACGUUUCUCUACACCUCAGCGUUUAGCUCCGACUUGUAUACGUAGCAAGCUAGCUCGGUGUUAGCCAUCUCUAAUCUCAGUCCCGUUACGAUAACAGCGAGUUAAAACAUCCAGCGCCGAUGCCUCAAGAAGCGGAAGACGAGGGAGAGCAGUCGCUUCCCUUGGUCCGGUCCCUGAACAGUCAGAUACCGAUUAACGCCGUGUUUUGUAACCGGAGUCCCCGCGUCGUGCGACCCAUAUGGAUCGAUUACCGCGGAGAGCCUCGGGCUUAUGACAGCCUGCAGCCGGGGACUGGACGGAAAAUGAACACUUUUGUUGGCCACCCGUGGAUGUUCAGAGAUGCAGAGACGGAUGAGCCUCUGAGAGUCAACUGCAAAGAGUUGUUCCUCCCCAACCCAGCAGAGGGUGGACACCCCACGUUUGCCAGUAUCACCUUACCAGUUUUCAGCCUCAAGGAACGUGCUCUUCAGGUUGUUCGGCGUCUUGUACGGCCAGAAGACUACAGGAAGUUGGAAAUUGCACGGUGUCUCCAUGAGGAGCUGGAAGAGAAGCCCAGUGUGUUGAAAGACCUGCAUCGUGUGAACAAGCGAGUAGAGCAACACCUGCUGGAGAGGAUUCAGGGCCAAGAGGCAUGAUGCAUAAAGCUCAGCCUUUUGUUGACUGAUGCUGGAGCACACGCUCUAAGAGAGCACAGAAUCACUGGAAAAUGAGAUAAAGUAAAGUGUCCUUUUGGUUAAAUAUUGGAUAAAUCAGCAGCGGCUGCAGGGGCUUCGCCACAAAUCUGACAUUUAAAGAAGACUGUGUUUGAUGAGCUACAUGCUUAUCACAGUCACUUCAAGGUUUUGGAAAAUGCCUUCCUUCUUCACACGACCAAGUCUCUGGACUUUGACCAUUCAGCAAAAGACAUUUUGUUAUCUUGUAAUGACAGAAUUUCUUAUAAGGAAGAACUUUUUUUUUCUUUCUUAAAAAAUGUUAUAAAAUAUUUAGUGUAUAAUGCCUAUUCAACUAUGCUACAUUCUGCUGAUGCCUGUCUGUCAAAUGUUAACUUCCUUGGAAACAUUACAAGGCAAAUUGCACAAGAAAGAACUUGCAAGAAUGUUUUUGCCAUGAAUACAGUGUAAUAAUUGAUUUUCUGUCUUCAAAUGUCCCUUGUGUAAAUUUGAUUGAACUAAACCAGAUUAGACUACAUUUUUUCAGGCAAAUACACUCAGUGUCCACUUUAUGAGGUCCACCUGUACAAUCUAAUGCAGUUUAGUGCAACAGCUCUGCCAUAAAUUCUACCUUUUAAGAAAGUUUAUAAUGUUCAGUUUUUGUUGACAUUGUGGAGAAUGUGAAAAUAUAAUCCUAUGUCUAUGACUGAGAUUGUAGU